AUGGCUGGGAAGGGGGCAGCUGCGACAGAGAAGAGCGGCGGCCUCGUCGUCCUCCGUACGCCGCACACAUCUACUGUGGAAGAUGUUCUCAAACACUACGGCGUCACCCUCGACAAGGGACUUGACGGUAAGGCCGUUGAGGACAGGCGCCGACUUUUUGGAGCCAACAUGCUCGAACAGAAGGCCAAGGAAUCGCUGUGGUCGCUCUUCUUGGGGCAGUUUGAUGACAUGUUGGUCAAGAUUCUGCUAGGAGCUGCCAUCAUCAGCUUCAUCCUGACGCUGACCGAAGUCACCGAGAGCUAUGCAAUCACGGACUUCAUCGAGCCCUUGGUCAUUGUCGUCAUCCUUGUGUUGAACGCAAUUGUGGGAGUGUGGCAGGAGACCAAUGCUGAGCAAGCCCUCGACGCACUCAAAAAGCUGCAGUCCACCGUGGCCACUUGCCUCAGGGAAGGCAAAUGGAUCACCAUCGACUCAGUGGAUCUCGUUGUUGGCGACAUAGUGCGCAUGAGAACGGGCAACAAGGUACCCGCAGAUUUGAGGGUGUGCUCCAUAUCCUCAACUUCGCUCAGCUGCGAGCAGUCGCAACUCACCGGAGAAUCAAGGAAUGUCGCCAAGACGUCGAAACCCAUGCAGGCUGGCAUGGAGAACUGUGAAAUACAGGAGAAGAGGAACUUGCUUUUCUGUGGUACUACGGUCUCAGCCGGGUCCUGUAUCGGCGUAGUGGUCGCGACUGGCAUGCAAACUGAAAUCGGAGCCAUUCAAGCGGCGGUUCUUGACGCGGGCUCGCAGGAGAGGGGCACGCCGUUGCAGCGUAUGCUCAGCGACUUCAGCACAUCGCUAUCGAAGUUCAUCAGCGUGAUCUGUGUCGCGGUUUGGGUCAUAAACUUCAGGAACUUCAGUGACCCCAUCCACCACAGCUUCAUGAAGGGAUGCAUAUACUACUUCAAGAUCGCUAUAGCGCUGGCCGUGGCCGCCAUUCCGGAAGGAUUACCGGCCGUUAUCACUACGAGCCUCGCGCUGGGGACGCGCAACAUGGCGAAAAGAAAUGCCAUCGUUCGUAAAUUGCCGUCGGUUGAAACUCUGGGUUGUACCACAGUCAUCUGCUCCGACAAAACCGGCACCAUCACCACCAACAAAAUGCGCGCGCAAGUGAUGAAACUGCUUGCCAAUGAUGAUAAGAUAAGGUCGCUUCACUUCACUGAUGAUGGGGAAAUUGACACGACCAAGGGCAAUUCAAAUGAAUUCGCCUCUGGCAAGGGCCUCAAUGGACCAUUCGGAAAGCUUUUAACCGCUGUAUUCAAGUGUGGGUGCAUCUGCUCUGAGGCUUCUGUCGAACAGGAAGAAGGCGAACCCACCGAAUUGGCCGUCCUCCAUAUGGUGAACGAUGUCUACGCUUUCCUGGCACCCAAUGAAAACAAGGCCAUAUCGGCCGAGUACCAGAAGACUAUCCGAAAGGAAGCCACACUUGAGUUCUGCAGGGACAGGAAAAUGAUGAGUGUUAUCGCCAGUGAAGAUGGCGGCAAUCAACUGUACACCAAGGGUGCACCCGAAUCCGUGAUAGAGAGGUGCAACAUGUACAUGAAGCCCGACGGCACAAUCUCGCCAAUCACCCCGGCUGUCAAGGACACCAUUAUGAAAGAGGUGGAGAUGAUGGCACGCGAUGCGUUGCGUACGUUGGCCUUUGCCUGCUCCAACGAUGCAGCCGGCGCUUUGAAAAUUUACAAGGAAAAGAGCGCAAGUGGUGAGAUAUCGGAGGGAAGCCCUGCAUUCUUCCAGGACAUUGAGCACGACCUCGUUUUCUUAGGUCUUACGGGUAUCCUGGACCCGCCGAGGCCACAGGUUAAGCAGGCCAUUGAAAUGGCGCACACGGCCGGCAUUAGGGUGUUCAUGAUCACCGGUGACAACAAGUUGACGGCGGAAGCUAUUGCGAAACGUGUAGGCAUAUUGCCUGCAGAGUUCCCUGCUGUGGGCGACAAGCUCUACUACUCGUACACUGGUAAGGAAUUCGAAAAAUUGUCCGAUAGUGAAAAACGACGUGUCGUAAGCGCGCAAGGCGUUGUAUUCAGCCGAACUGAGCCCAAACACAAGCAGGAUAUUGUGUCCAUACUCAAGCAGUUGGGCGAAACUGUGGCCAUGACGGGUGAUGGUGUUAAUGAUGCACCUGCGUUGAAGAUGGCCGAUAUCGGUAUUGCCAUGGGAAUCACUGGAACUGAAGUUGCCAAGGAGGCCGCUGACAUGAUCCUCGUCGACGACAAUUUCCAAUCGAUCGUCGCCGCUAUCGAGGAAGGCAGAUGCAUCUACUCGAACAUGAAGGCGUUCAUCAGGUACCUCAUUUCCAGCAACAUAGGUGAGGUUGCAUCCAUAUUCUUGACCGCUGCUAUGAGUAUACCAGAGGGUAUGAUGCCUGUCAAAUUGCUGUGGGUCAACCUGGUCACCGAUGGUCUGCCAGCCACCGCUCUCAGCUUCAACCCGCCUGACCAUAAAGUGAUGCAAAAGCCGCCAAGGAGCAAUGAUGAAAAGCUCAUCGACGGCUGGACCUUCCUGAGGUACAUCAUCAUCGGGCUGUACGUCGGGGUCUCGACUGUAGGAUCGUUCGUAUGGUGGUACGUACACGGCAUUUCCCCCAACGACGGAAACACAACCGUUACGCUGAAGCAGCUCAUGAGCUUCAGCAAAUGCGCACUGUGGAAGGAUUUCUCUGUCAACCGAUUGGAUGGCAUGACCGACGACAUGUGCAGCUACUUCACGCUCGGAAAAAUAAAGCCCGCCACCAUCAGCCUCACGGUGCUGGUCAUGAUUGAAAUGUUCAACGCCUUCAACGCGGUAUCUGAGGAAUCGUCUCUGUUGUCCACACCCCCGUGGUUGAAUCCGCACCUCAUGGUUGCGACUACGAUAUCGCUCACCAUCCACUGCAUCAUCCUGUACACGCCCUUCCUUGCCAGCAUCUUCGGAGUCGUUCCUCUGGACAAGCACGACUGGAUUGCCGUAUUGUUGUGGUCAUUCCCCGUGAUUAUCAUUGAUGAGCUCAUUAAAUGGGUUGGCAGGAACUAUGUUCGGAGGAGGCCGCAGCACCACGAAGAGCCCGAAAAGUCUAUGGCAGACAAGAAGGCAGACUAA